UAACACGUCAGAGUCGGUUAGUAUUUCUAACGUUGUAUGACGUUGCUUGCAAUUUUGCACAUUUUUGCAAAUUACUUAUACCAGGUAGUGCUUCAUUCAUUAUAAUCAGUUGCAAAAUACCAUUAAGGAAUACAAUUAGCAUAAUCACUAUUGAUUUUAUAUUUUGUGACGACAAAAGUUGAUCAAAACAUGUCAUUUGUAUCGCCUAUGCCUAGUCGUGAAUUUCUUUGGGAUGUUUUUCAAAGAGUGGACAAAGACAGAUCCGGUGCAAUCACUGCAGACGAAUUGCAGCAGGCACUUUCAAAUGGAACCUGGACACCAUUUAAUCCAGAAACUGUUCGUUUAAUGAUUGGUAUAUUUGACAUUGACAAAAAUGAUCCUGCUUCUCCAGGUAUGUUUGAUCAAAAUCAAAAAGGAACAGUUAGUUUUGAAGAGUUUGGAGCUCUAUGGAAAUACGUAACUGAUUGGCAAAAUUGUUUCCGAUCGUUUGAUCGCGACAACAGUGGGAAUAUAGAUAGAAAUGAAUUAAAAACAGCGCUUACAAAUUUUGGAUAUCGACUAUCAGACCAAAUUAUAGACACUCUCAUACGUAAAUAUGAUCGAGCCGGCCGUGGAACUAUAUACUUUGAUGAUUUCAUACAAUGUUGUAUAGUUUUAUAUACACUGACUGCUGCUUUUAGACAGUUAGACACAGACCUGGAUGGUGUCAUUACAAUUCACUAUGAACAGUUCCUGGGGAUGGUAUUUAACCUUAAAAUAUAAGACAAUUUUGAGUUUCAUUAGAAUUACUCUUGUCUAUUAUAAAGCUGCAUUAUUUAUAGCAAGAACGUUAUAUGAAUUUUCAUGAUGCCAAAAUUAAAUUUAAGAUCUUAUGCAUCUGUUUUCCUUGUACGUAUAGAUUCUCUAAUAACGUAAUUACAAAAAUUCAAUCAAAUCUAAUAAUGGACAGUGAUAAUAUCUUCCGUGUAUGAAGAUACAGUAAUAUAUAUUUUAAAAACAUUCCGUAAAAGUUUACACAAAUAGUUAAGCUUGAACAUAAUCUCUAUUAUUAUUUGGCCUUUUGUGUUUGUUUAUUGUUAAAAAGAAAUAUGAUUAAUACGUGUUGCUUAAUUAUUCAUUGGAAUGUUAACAAAGGAACAAAUAUUUAAUAUAAAGUGAUAUUAAGGUGGUGCGGUUAGAUAAAACAAAUAAAUAUAUCGUUUUAACCCUCGCUCCAGAAAAAUUUACUUACAAAUUUAAGCAAAUGAGUGAAUGCUUGCCCUUCCCUCACUCUAGCAAAAUUUAAACGACAUACAUAUUUGUUGAUUAAUUGCAAAUUCUGAAAUCAAACUUGUCUGAACGCUCUAUGGUCUGCUCAAUGUAUUUAUACUAAACGAGCAGAACUUUUCUGGAGGAAUAGGUUAAAACGACUAUUUGCUUGAUUGGUCGAAAUAUACCUUUGCGAAAAGUACGAAUACAUUUCAAUUAAGAUACAAAACAUGAUCGAGUCCAUCUAAUACAAUAAGUGAAACAUUCUUCAUAAGAUACAUUCUACUAUAUCUAUUACAUAUUAAUUUCAGGAUUUCACAUGCUUUGUACAAUGAACAAAACAACAUAUGUCAAUUAUAAAUAUAUUGAAGUCUAUAUUAAUCCUAUUUAAGUAUUUUUUAGCACUUAUAGAAAUACUGUAUACAUACUGUAUCUUUUGACUACAGUGUAUUGCAUACUCAAAACAAUGUUAACAGCUUGAAGGUUAGAAAAGAAUGAUGUUGCAAGUGCCAAACAAGCGCCACAAUAGGCCUACUUUUAAUAGUACGAAAAAUAGGGAAUAAAUUAAACUGUACAACCAUAUUACAUCAGCUAUCUUCAAAUACUAAGUAAAAACGUCGAAUAAUAAGAUAAGAAAAGAGAACCGCAGCGCUUGUUGGCAAUCGUUGGGAAAACGAGAAACGCGACUGUGUAUCCUAGCAUUUUUGGCACAUAACCCAACGAACACAGUCACGCUGUUUAACAUUCAACAGUUAAAUAGUCCAUAAAUACAAUUACACGUACUUUUUUCGUUUGUGUAUAAAAAUUAUUUCUGUACUUUUCUAUUACUAUUCGAUUGGUGAAAAUAAAUAAA